AGUCCCUACAUUGCUCUCCAUUUUCCCCACACGCCCUUUCAACUCUUAAUUACCUUUCACUUUUCUUUUUCUUUCUUUCCAUAUAUAUAAAUACCUCCCUCUUCCACUAACAUCUUUCAUAUGUCUUAUUAGAUAGUUAUAGUUUGAAAGAAUGAAAGAAAGUGGUGGAGGUAGAAAACAAGGUGCAGCUUCACCCUGUGCUGCAUGCAAACUUCUAAGAAGAAGAUGUGCUCAAGAUUGUGUCUUUGCUCCUUAUUUCCCUGCCGACGAACCUCACAAGUUUGCUAAUGUACACAAAGUCUUUGGUGCUAGCAAUGUCAACAAAAUGCUUCAGGACUUACCUGAACAUCAAAGAGGGGAUGCAGUGAGUAGCAUGGUGUAUGAAGCAAAUGCAAGGGUUAGAGACCCUGUGUAUGGUUGUGUAGGGGCCAUUUCAUCACUUCAGCAACAAAUUGAUGUUCUUCAAACCCAAUUGGCUGUGGCUCAAGCUGAGGCUGUGCACCUAAGGGUGCGCCAAACUGCAUCAUCUUUUUGGAACAGUGCAGGACAUAGCCCAACUAGCCCAACCUAUAGUGGCUCCCCAUCAUCUAAGAUCAAUGAAUCACAAGCCAAACAUAUCUUUGAUAUGGACAUGGUGGUGGACCAAGGUGGUUAUGCUGAUUCAAUGUGGUGAUGCAAUACAACUACUAUGGUUAAAAAAUAUAUAAUUUUAUAUACUACUAGUAUCUAUUUAGACUAUACAAAACAAAGGAGGGACACGUUAUUUUUUUGAAGUAAUGUCUUCUACCGUUUCACUUUUAAAUUUAGAGACACGUUAGACCUACUUUAGUUCUGACGAGUCUCUAAAAUUCAACUCAUCUAAAAUUUUAUAAUUUCUUAUAAUUUAGUAGGAUAGAGCUAGGACUCUAGAAGCAGUGGUGGCGGAGGCCGUUCGCCCGCUUGAUUUAGUUUGGUUAUAGAUUUCUCGUUGAUGAUUGAUGAGAUAUAGUUUGGUAGUGUAAAUAUAUAUUACCAUUUGACAUUGUGUUAAGGGCAAGGUUAUAUGGUUGGAUUAUGGAUUUUUCAUGGCUAAAAGAAAGGAUUGAGUUUUGUAUUGUUGUUCUAGUGAUGUUUGACUUUUUAAUGUUUUGGAUUUUACAAGGAAGAUGCACUUAUUGGCAUUUACUUAGUUUUUCACAAGUAUUGCUACUUCUUUGUAAUGUUGGGGUAUUGCUAUACAAUUAUGAGUUAUCA